CUUGUUCAGAAAGAUCUUGAAUCCUACACUGGCCAUGGCUCAAAUUGCACCGGACCGCUGCCGAAGCCACGUCAGCGAACAUUGCCUGGAGCACUGCUCAUCUCAAUGGUGCGGACUGUUCAGCAGCUGAGAUGCUGCGGAACCCAGGUUCCCAUCAGUCAGCACCAGAAACUUGCAGCCGCUGCAAGCAGUCCCUGGGGAUCCUUCUUUGAGCAUCAUUGCCC